AUGAGGGUCAAGGUCGAUUGGAGACAGAAGCCAGCCAAAUUCGAUUUGGGGAUAGCUUGUAGUGACACUGCUUACAGUAACACUGUUAAUGACCAUGAAGGCCACCAUAACAGCUACUUAAAAUAUCGAUCUGUUGUGAAUGUAACGAAGAUGCGAAUUCCUGAUGAACUUAGACGUCUUCUGAAUCUUGCCGUUUUGGCAUUCUCAGCGUUCGUUUCGGUGUAUAUGUCAUUGUUCAUCAGCGACCAGUUUGUAUACUACAGUUGUCUUUCUGAGCAAGGGAUUGAUUACUGGUCAGUAAGCACAAAUGAUUCGAUAGUUGGUCGUGAUUAUGCUCAAAAGAAAGCUGCCUUAAUUCAAUGCAUUAAGAAUUUUCUAGGUAUGGGUGUUGGGAUAUUCUCUACACUGAUUGUUGGUUGUGUUUCUGAUAAACGUGGUCGACGAUUGGCUCUCGGAAUCGUUGUGCUUGGGGAAGCAUUGAAAGUCCUGGCUGUUAGUGUUAUAGUGUUUUUCAAUCUGUCUCCAUGGAGUUUUAUACUGUGUGAAAUAUUAGAAGGAUCUAUUGGAGGUGGAUUAUUAUCAGUUUCAGCACAGUUAGCAGCCUGCAUAGCAGAUAUGACUCAAAUUACGAAAUAUGUAAUCGUACCGGGCUCGAAUAUUGAUCAAAUGAAACAUGCAAAAAGAAUGAUUAAAAAACGUUGGCUUUUGUUUACUUUACUGGAUAGUGUACUUACAUGUGGGAUGGCAUUUGCGAAUGUACUGACAGGCUUUUUGAUUGUACAUUAUCGUUUCGAUGCAACUAUGUUGACUUGUAUUGCCUUCUUAAUCCCACUGCCAAUUGCUUUAUAUUUUAUGACUGAGACGAGCAUAAAGGUAGUUCAAGUCGAACGAACGGCCACUGAAAAUCCAUCUGAUGAUUUGUGUGACAACGUUUCAAUCGUUUCAGCAGAAAGUGCUGAUAAACGUUCAUUCGAUGGAUACUCUGUUCACGUGCGAUCUACUACCAACUAUAUGAGCAGCUUUCGAGUAAUAUCGCAGUUACCUCGAACACAUUUCAUAAUAACCGCCUUGAUUUUCAUGUUUUCUAUCUCUGGUAUCACUGAUGUACCAUAUGUAAGCCUCUAUUUGAUGAGUGAUCCUUUCCUUUGGAAUACUCAAACACUUGGGUUAUUCAUAGGUUUAAGAGAUGUAAGCUGUACCUUCAUGUCUGUUUUAUGUGUCAGCCUAGUGGCAAGAUUUCAAAGGAAUCAGUCAUCAAAAUUCUCAAGUGGUGAUUGUGAGGUCUGUGGAUCAAAUUGUCUUGAUUUCAUUGGUAUUUUUUGGAUUGAUACUUUAUCCAUUCACCAAAUUGUUACGGGUUUGGCGUUUAAAUUCCCCGUUCCAACGGCAAAUAUUGUGAUAUACCUUGCUACAAUACCAAGAUUCACGAAGGGUUUCCAAGUAUCUGUUCUUCGAACUAUAAUAUCCAAAUGGACGGAAGUAUCUAAACAAGGUAUAAUUAUGUCUGUAAUUGCUGUUGUGGAACGCCUUGGAAUUAUGAUUAGUGCCACGGCUUUGCCUGCUAUAUAUAGUGCAACGAUAGGCUCGUUCAAGGGAUCUGUAUUUAUGGUAUGUGCUUCUAUGACCAUUUUAGAAGCACUAAUAGUGUUGGCCCUACCGGUGUAUGCUCCUAAAGUAUCGAACUGUGAUUACUGCUAG